ACGACUCUUUCAAGCAAAGACAGUUUGCCUUCAACAACUCAGUCAUUUGACCAUGAAACGACUUUGUUAUCAACCGAAAAAGAUACAGAGCGAAGCUCAUUUGCUCCAACUGAAAGUGGCACAACAACAAAGUACUAUGACACAACUACUGAGCAAUUUAAAUCAAGCUCAUUCAAACCCAGUGUCACUACUAAUUACAGUGAAGGUGAAAUUUCGACAACAGCACAGUCUGUUGAUCGUGAAACAAUUUUACCAGGUACAGAGAGAGCAUACAUCGACACUACCACUGAACAAAUCAAAACUAGCACUUUCGGUUCAAAAGCAACUACCCUUUCGAAUGAAGAGAAACAAUCUACUUCUACUCAAUCAAUCAAACACGAAACCACUCUGUUGCCAACCGAAAAAUCAGUUGCUACCGAACGUAGCUCGAGUGUUCCAAUUGAAAGUUAUAAAACAACAGAAUAUAUCGACUCAACUACAAGUAGCUUAUAUCCCAAAUCAAAGACACUUUCACCGGAAGAUGGCAUAUUAACUACAACUCAAUUUGUUACUGAAUCGAAAACAACUCAAUUACCUACAGAAAAAUCACUUGUAUCUGAAAGUAUUGGCUCAAGAACCACCACUAUUUCGAAUGUGGAUAAGAUUCCAUCAACUACUGAGUUUAAUGAGCAGGAAGCGACAUUUCUACCAACCGAAAAGUCUUAUUCGACGGAAAGUGGAAAGAUGUCCAAAUAUCCUGACACAACCACAGAACAAUACAAAACUACCACUCUCGUUCCGAAAGUAACUACCCUUUCGAAUGAAGAGAAAACUUCUGCCACUACUCAAUCAAUCGAACACGAAACGACUCUCUUGCCGACUGAGAAGGCAUUGGCUACGGAACAUAGCUCUAGUGUUCCAGGUGAAAGUGAUAAAACAACCAAAUAUAUCGAUACAACUACUGAACAAUUCAAAACAAGUAGCUCUUCACCUAAGCUCAAUACGCUUCCACCGGAUGAUGAAGCAUUCACUAGACCACAACUCGUUUCUGAAACUAAAAGAACUGAGUUGCCUACAGAGAGAUCAUUUGUUUCUGAAAGUGGAAGAUCGACCAAAGAUUUCGAUACCACAACUGAACAGUUUAAGACAAGUAGUUUCGGUUCAACAGGUACAACAGGUACAACACAUCGAAUUGAAAAAACACAUCCAUCUUCCACUAAUGUUAUAGAAGAGUCAACCAAAUCGCAUGUUGUCACUGAACAAAGUUCAUUUGUACCAACAGAGAGUGGUCAAUUCACAACUACUACAACUUUUGUGGCUACAGAAGGAGCAUUCACAACUGAGCAAAGCUCAUUUAAGUCGAUUGAAAGUGACGGAACAACCAAAUUAAUUGAUACUACCACUGACCAAGUACAAACUAUUCCUAGUGUAGAAAAAGUGCCAUCCACAACACAAUUUGUUGAUCAUGAAUCCACUCUCUUACCAACUGAGAAGGUAUUCUACACAGAGAAACCUACUACUCUUGCUUCAAAAACAACCACACUUCCAAGUGAAGAAAAUGUGUCUUCUACGCAAUUUGUUGGUCAUGAAAUGACAUCUAUGUCCACAGACAAAUCGAUGUUUACAGAACAAAGUUCGAUUGCUUCAUCUAAAAGUGAAAGAACAACUAAAUUGGUCGAUAUUACUACAGAACAAAUAAAAACUAGUACUUUAAAACCUAAAGUAAGUAAAAUUUCUGAUGAUGGAAAAGUGACUUCCACGACACAAUCAAUUGAACAUAAAACGACAUUGUUACCCACUGAGAAAGAACUCAUAACUGAACAAAAUUCAUUUGUUUCAUCCGAAAAAGAAAAAACUACAGAAUAUUUCGAUUCCACUACUAAAGCAUUUGGAACAAGUACGUUUAGAUCAAAGCAAACAACUGUCACCAUUGAUGAAAUGCCUUCUUCCACUCAAUUCAUUGAUAUUGACCAAGAAACCACUCUGUUGCCAAUUGAAAAAUCGUCUGUUACUGAACGUACCAUUGGCCCAAUUGGAGGUGGUAAAACAACUAAAUAUGUCGAUACAACUACUGAGCAAUUUAUAAUGAGUAGCUCUUCUCCCAAACUCAAAACUCUUCCAAUGGAAGAAGAUAUCUUCACCACACCACAAUUGGUAUUAGGAACCAAACCUACUCCAUUGCCUACAGAUCGUCCGUUUGUGUCUGAAAGUGGACGGUCCACCAAAUAUUUUGAUACAACCACUGAACAGUUUAAGACAAGUAGUGCGGAACCAAAAGCCACAACUCUUCAGUCUGAAGAAAAACUUCCACCUACCACUCAAUAUGAUGAACAAGAAAUAACUACCAAAGAAGCUGUUGCAUCAGAGCGAGGCUCGUUUGUGCCAACUGAAAGUGGUAGUACAACAACAGAAAAAUACGAAACAAGUAGUUCGAUUUCAAAAGCGACGACACUUUCGAGUGAAAAAGAAUUGCCUUCUUCCACUCAAUUCAUUGAUAUUGAUCGUGAAACCACUCUGUUGCCUACUGAAAGAGCAAUCACUACUGAACGUAGCACAUUUACUCCAACCGAAAGUAAAAAAUCGACCAAACAUUUCGAUACCAAAACGGAACAACUCGAAACAAAAGUUACUACCAUCGGUGUCGAUGAAAAUAUUCUCACAACAACUCAAGCUAUUGAUCAUAAAACCCCUCCAAUUUCAACAGAGAAAUCAUUUGGCACUGAUCGCAGCUUAUACACGACGACGGAGAGCGAAAUUACUACUAAAUAUUUCGAUACAAGCUCUGCAAGUAGUGGCGAACCAAUUUAUACUACGACUCAAAUUGUUGAUCAAAAAAACUACUCUUUUGCCAACACAAAGGGCGUUUACCACUGAGCA